AUGGCCGACCCACACUCCCACGAUGAGCGUCAAAAAUACGAGGAUGAGCUAUACAAGGACGACUCGGAAGUAGAUAAUGAGGGAGCUUCGGACAGUGAGAAUGGUGGCGACGAAGAAGCACUUUCCCACAUCAAUUACUCGCACAGCUUUCGGCUUGAGAAUGAAGGGGACGAAGAGGCAGAGGAAGAGGAAGCUUCCGUGAGCGGCGAUAUCAUACCCCCCGAUCUUCUAUCCCACGUGCCUUCGUGGACAGAGACGGAAGUCGUCAUGAUCUCGGAGGAGAAUAUGGAAGGCCCCGGCGUAUCUUCUAUCUCCUCCAAAAAAAGGAGGGAGAAAAAGUCACCCGAGGAUGUCGACCUUGAGGUCAAGGUGAUGCGGAUGCGAAGCCCUUCCGCUGACGACAACCCCAACUUGGACGAGGGCUCACUGGAGGGGUUUUCAAAGGAAACCAACUGCUAUCUAUGCAAAGCCGACCACGAUCCCCUCCGUUGCCCAAUGAGCAAACUCUGCUUCAAGUGCAUGCAGCGGGGUCACAUCUAUGCCGAAUGUCCGAACGCGCGUGAUAACACCAGAUGCGGCUUCUGCAACGACGGCAACGGGCAUCACCCAAUGCAAUGUCCGCAACAAUGGAGACAAUUCGUGUUUUUGCCGUAUAGCGGGGAUAAGGAACGGGACCAGCUCACGAUAUACUGCUAUAACUGCGGAGACGGGGGUCAUAUGGGGGAUUUUUACACCAUACGCAUGGCCCUGAACAAUGACUUCCCAAUCCAGGAAUGCCGACACCGCCCCAUCCACGGUAGCACCGGAAUCUCCUCCUUCACCGCCCUAGCCUUCAACCACAAAUUCCCCGACCGCCGCCGCGGCGUCACCUACACCCCCGCCCGCCGCGAAUCGCCCAGCGGCGGAGGUCCCAUCGAAAUUUACUCCGACAACGAAGACAACGAGCCGAUGCCGGUCCCAGGGGCAAGCGCGGUCGAAGGAGUGGAAGAAACGAGCCCCAAGGCCUUCUCGGUCACCUUCGCCAGUGCGGCAGGGUCAAUCAAGGGGGCGGGCUGCGUCGGCGGUAAAGCCAAAGAAGGCUCGCGGGUCGUCACAUAG